AUGGCCACAGAAGUCGAAUCUGUUCCCGCCAAACGUCAGAAGCUAGAUGAAGGUGAAGAUCACGAUGAAAAUGUGGAAAUAACUGAAAAAAUCGUCGAAGAGACUGUUGUAGUGGAAGAAGGAGUUACUACUACUGUUACUGAAGGUGAGUUUGUCGGUUUGAGCGUUAUUUUGCCUUUAGAAAUUAUCGUUGAACGGAAAUUGGAGACAUUUUCGGACCUGGAUCUCGAAUGUUUCAAGUGCCCGGAGUGGCGGAGAGUUCUGGCGAAGGAGUUUGGGAGUGGAUACAUGAAGACGUUGAAGAGCAAACUCGAUGGUGAUCAGAAAAAGGUGCAGUGUUUUUUAUUUGUUUUUCGGGUUUUAGGAAAGGAGUGGGUAUCCCUCAUGAAUAACAUCGAAAAUUGAAGUGAAACACGAGUCAAAUGUCAGAACUUUUGUUCUAAAUUUUUGGUAAGGGACGUGGCCUUAAUCUUUUUAAUUCUUUUGCUUUAGAAGAACCGGUUUCCUUUUACUACACAUCAAAACCUUACACUUUAACUACUACAAUAUUUUUUGCCCUAAGAAUAUAAUCUUUUAUUUUGGCAUUAUCCCAAAAGCCUGUGCCUUUUAUUAACGACUCUUCUAAACUUCUUUUUUCUUUAGGGACACACAAUUUUUCCCCCAUUGGACUUGGUUUUCAACGCUUUCAACUUGACUCCUCUAAAUGAAGUCAAAGUGGUCAUAAUUGGUCAAGACCCGUACCAUAACCCCGGUGAAGCCAUGGGAUUGAGUUUUUCGGUCCCAGUUGGUGUAAAAAUUCCUCCGUCGUUGAGAAAUAUUUACAAAGAAUUGAAGAAGGAGUUCCCCGAAUUCGAAGCUCCGACUCACGGAAACUUGGUGAAAUGGUCUGAACAAGGAGUAUUCAUGCUCAAUGCUACUCUUACCGUAAUGUAGGUGCGAUUUAGGAUGUUUCUUUUUAUAAAAUUGUUAUUUUUGCGGACAUUUUUUUUUUAUAAAUGUAGUAUUUUUUAUAUUAUCCUUUGCAGAAAGAACAAACCCAACUCGCAGGCCGAAUAUGGAUGGCAGAAAUUUACGGAUAAUGUGAUCAAAGCCAUCAACAGGGAACUGGAAGGGGUUGUUUUCCUCCUUUGGGGGAAUUUCGCUCAAAAGAAGGCGUGUUUUGUGGAUACCAAGAGACAUUCGGUCAUAAAAGUAAGUUAUGUGGUGAUGUUUCAACUGAAUUUUUCGUAUUUCACUCUGUUUUUACACUCCAAUCGAAAUUCGAUGAGUUUUGAGGUACUGUGCCUCUAUGGCCUAAUGGAUUCGAGUUUUGGCUUCCAGUCGAAAGGUCGCUGGUUCGAAUCCGGCCAGGCAUAGAUUUAUUUUUUGGCUUGUUGAAUGGGCCGCAGGGUUUUAAGAAGUGAAUGAGAACUGCUAAUGAGUUAUUUGUGAUAUAUUAAACAUCAAUUUCUAGACUGCUCAUCCAUCGCCAUUGAGUUAUCGCAAGUUUGAGGACUGCAAAUGCUUCACCAAGGCGAAUAAAGCCCUUGAAAAGCACGGAAAGCGGCCGAUUGACUGGAGCAUGUUGUAA